CAUUUUUGUUUAGGAGGUCAUUUAUCUUGCACAUGUGUGUCUGUGACACUUGUUUGUUCACGGGAGGAGCUCCCCUCACUCACAAUUACAAUUACCCCGCCGACAGUAUCUAAGAGCAGAGAAAUAAUUGAAAAGCACGUAGAAUAAGGAGAAAAAUAGAAAAACAACAAGGGAACGACAGUUGUUUGCUGAAACGAAACUACAGUUCAAUUUUUGACUUCUUAUUUUCAAUUAUUUUCUCGCUCUUUUUCUCUCGGUCUCUCGCUUUUGUUGCGUUUGUUGAUUCAUCAAGCCAUCUUGUUUAUUUGUGAUUAUCAGGUUGUUCAAAAAGAAAAAAGCUGAAGAGCUUUUACCUUUCAUACAAAUUUUCAUCAGGUGAAAAUUUGAGAGCGUCUGUUUGCAGUUUCAUUCGAAUAUUUAGAACUGAAACAAACUCAAAAACAAAAAUUGAUUAUUUAUCGCGUACCUACUAAAUUGGUGCAAAAAUUGGUGCAAAAAAUACAAAACGUUCAUAACUUUUUCUCAAUUCAAAACGUUUCUCAAUUUUCUCAAUAGUCCUUCUUUUUCGUGUGUGACAAGAAAUCGUAGUUCCUGCUCUUCAAAAGUUUCCGCAAGCAUUGGUUGCUUGUGAGAAGCGAAAUACUCUUGGGUUGUGUCCUACUUCUCUAGCUACUUCUCAUUCUGAUUCUAUUUCUAAUGUGCUCACUGAGAACUACCUUUUAUUGGUGGCCGCGGCUGCUUCUGCUAAUCGAACCAACAACAUCAUCAACAACAAUAAUAACAACAACCGUUUCAAAUUGAGGACUGCACCGCCCCCUCUGAUCAUUGGCUCUUCUCACCCCUCCUCCCCCUCAAGAUCCUCGGAAGCCCUUCAUUGUCACAACUACAGUUACCAUAGACCCACCCAAUUGCCCCGCUCAGUCCAUAUGGGCGAUCCUAAAGCCCCCUCUGUCCCUACGGUCUUCACGGCAGCUACUCUUCUUGGACUGAACUGCAAUCCAAGCUCGGAUUCUAUCUACAAAUCGACCCCCUUCUCCAAUCCCAGACUCAAACUCCACCCCCCUAACGGACCCCCCAAUCAGUCCGCGGUCACAGCUACUGCCCUAGAGGACAUUCGGAGGGAAAGGUCGCUCAAUAACUCCUCGUCUCACAACAAUUCCAACCAGGUCACUACUUCAUCUCCUACCUCUAUCCAUUCUAUCCCUAGAGCACCCCCCAAAGCCAAAAACCCACCCUCGCCAUUGUCAGUGCCCGUAGCCCCUCCCCCAUCAAAACCUGCCUCCAAAUCGCCCGACCUCGACGAGAGCCCACAGUGGGAGGAAUGUGGUAACAACCCCGCCUCUGUCAGCUCGAAUUCAGACGCAACAAUUGUGAAGCUAAACUCCGAAGGAAAGUUAAACUCCCCCGGCUACCCAAGCGCAGAGCAAAAACGAACACAUCCAAUGGAUCAACCGAAUAGCAUUAGAAAACCGACCCGACUCAGUUUAGGCGAAGCCUCGCCCUUUGGAAAUGGAGGACCCUUCUCGGAACCGAUGAUCGCCGGUUCGAAUCCCGAAAAUGUUCGCUCUGUAGACGCCUCUCCACGCAACCUGAAAAUGGAGCCCAAAAGUGUGCAGUUUUAUGAGAACUAUGACGACAACUGCCUUCCGCCGAACAAAAGGCGUCGGCGAUUUUCAGUAACAGCUGCUGACAUACCCAUGCCCCCUCUAUUGCUCGAACCCGGCUCUAUCGGGGCUUCAUCUGGGGAUUACAACUCACCUCCGGGGGGUAUGGACGACGAAGACUACGACAGGGAUUCCCCUCCCCAGAGUCCGCUGGAGUUGACGGAAGCUGACUCGCCUUUAGUUCCGAGGAAGCGAAGAAGACAUUUGUUGGGUAAAAACGGGGAGCCGCUGGGUGUGUUAAAGUGUGCCAUAUGUGGUGAUUCUGCUUCCGGCUACCACUACAACGCGCUCAGCUGCGAAGGUUGCAAAGGUUUCUUCCGGAGGAGCAUCACGAAGAAUGCGGUGUACAAGUGCACGCGGGGUGGCCAGUGUGAGAUGGACAUGUACAUGCGACGAAAAUGUCAGGAGUGUCGCCUCAAAAAGUGUCGCGAAGUCGGCAUGCUACCCGAGUGCUUGCUAACCCCAGAACAGUGCAGAUCGAAGCGUCAACGAAAAAUGUUGAAACAGCAGCAGUCGGGAGGUGCUGGAUCCUCGGGACUCAACAUGUCACCCUUGGGCGGGUCGGGAGGGGUGAACCCCUUGCGGCACUACAUGACGUCAUCAAAUGGAAUGGGGACAACACAGCACCACCUGUCACAACAGCAAAACCAGGGGAGCUUCGCGGCGGACCCCAGUCCCUCCCCCAAUUCUAGUUCGGGAGGCAUGCGCACCCCAGAAAACAACACUUUUAGUCUGUCCCAGUUGGGAGGAGAGAUAGGGGGUAACUCCUCUGUUCAAGGUGCAAAUCAAGGCGGCUCUUUGGGAUCCUCAGUCAUCGGCAGGGAUUGCAGAGGCGGCGGUGCCAGCGACUCCUCGACUGUCUACAGAGGCGGCGAUGGGUCCAACCUAAAUCACUCAGGAACUUUUGCUGGCGAAGAACCGAAAAGUGGACAACUCAGCAGCAGCAGCAACAGUAGCACAGGAAACACUUCUAGACUACCUCACUUCUCAGGAAAUCUGAACCAGCGCCACAACAACUCGAACAACCCAACACAGCCUCCUAGCCAAACAAACCACUCAGGGCACCAACAGCAGCAAAACAAUGUGAACUACGGGGGGCUCAACCCAAGCCCCACCCACCACAAUAACAAUAUCAGCAACAGCAACAACAAACAUCCCUCAUCCGGAUCCGCAGUCGCCGCCGCCGUCGGGGGGACUACUGCUCCCAACUACAGCCCACUCCCCAUGGCAGGCGUGUCGGGAGGGGGUAUAGGGUGCACAGCCACGGUCGCAGGGGGAGUUAGGGACACUAAUACUGCUUUAAAUCUGAUAGAAGAAGACCAGGCUAAUUUGAUCAAGCGCAUUCUGCACGCAAAGAGGACCUACAGCUUCCCAGCCAGUGAAGACAUUUUGAAAGUCACGCCGUGGCCUGGCCUGCCGGGGGAGGAGGAGGUAGAUGAGAUGGGGGGCGGGGGAGUAAGUGUGGAGGAGCAGGCGAAGAAGCGUUUCCAGCACAUGACAGAGAUCACUAUUCUGUGUGUACAGGCCAUAGUCGAGUUCACCAAGCGCAUCCCCGGCUUCCUCUCUCUGGAACGCAAAGACCAGAUAAUCCUGCUGAAGUCGUCCGCAAUUGAGGUGUUGAUGUUGCACAGUGCCCAGUAUUACGACUCAGAGGACGAGAAGUUACUAAUGGCCACUGGCAUCCGACUGUCCCGAGAGGACCUGGCUAACUCGGGACUGCACGAGUUCGUGGAGCCCAUGUUCGACUUCGCACGCUCCAUGGCAGAGCUCAAGCUGGACGAAGUCGAAUUCGCACUCAUCAUCGCGCUCUGCAUUCUCGCAUCAGAUCGGUAUGGACUCACAAGGCGAGACACUAUUGAGAAGCUACAAGAACCCUACCUGGAAACCCUGCGCGUCUACUUGAAGCAACGUCGUCCAAAGGAGAUGCUCAUACUACCAAAGAUGCUGAUGAAGUUGACAGAACUGCGAUCGAUAAACAACCAACACUCCGAAUAUCUAUUUGGCCUGAAGCUUCGCGACCAGGACCUGCCCCCGCUGUUGAACGAAAUUUGGGAUCAAUAAUAAUGAUUGUAGAUACAGAAUAUUAUCAAUGCUGCCCCCUACAUGAAUUCCAAUAUCAUUACCUCUGCCCUACAGUAUUUCACCCUCUGCUGUUUUUUAUGCAUCUGUUGAAGCGAAAAGACUUCACACGAGGUCAAAAACACUCAAGAGAACUGUGCGCAGAAGUUUAUAGAAUGUUCUUCAGGCGUGCGGAUGCUGCAUUAGCGUUGGAUCAAGACUUAGUCACACUUGGUAAUGGUCAUAUUCUUGUAGUUGUGCUGCGGUGAUAAUUCACAGCCAGAUGAAAAUAAAUAGCUUCAACUCGAUUACCUCAGCUCUUUUCUUCUUCUCGUUACCUUAUACCCUGACGACAUUCAACCCCAUCUUGUUAGCGUAGAACCAGUUUGCUAGUACUCAGACAAAAUCAUACAACUCACUCUGAAAACAACAAAUAUGAUAAACAACUAACGUGACUUCUUCAUAUGACAAAAAACAUUGACCGGAAAUAUUCUGUAUUCUUUUUUUUACAACGACUAUAUGACAAUAAAACUCAGUGAACUCUUUUUUCGCACUUUCAGCGAAAUUGUCAAUUUUUCAUUUCCAAUUAACUAAUUAUUUGUCCGUGCUAGUUUGUUUGAACCCCGCGGCCGUCUUUUAUUUUUGUUAUUUUUCAAUUUCGUCCUUGUGCUGUUAUAUAUUUCCUAAUUGUUUUCUCUCAUAUAAUGAAGAAUAUGAACAUGAAUCCAUAUUCAGUUUGACAUCUGUUUUUAUUUGGAAACGAAAUCUCUACUUGAAACGGCAACCUGAAAUCGGCUAUUAAUACCAAAAAAUAAACAAUUAGCACCACACUUAGAGCUGUUCUCUAAAUCGAGACUCAUAAAUUGCCGUUUUUCUUGUCGAUCAUUUGUUCAGGGUCUACUUCAUCCGUGUAAUAUUUGUAGUAUCUCAUGCAGUUUGAAUCCUGCAUCACAAUUUGUUCUUUUUUUUGAAGUUUUUCGACAAAGUUUGAUCCGCUUUAUGUUAUUGAAAGCAGAGAUGUACUUGCUGCAGAAUUUAUGUUUUGUUCAAUGUUAUCCUAAACUGGAGAUAUCUUUCUACUUGUACCAAGCCAAGUCAUUCGAGUUAUGAGGUCUUACAAAAUUUAGUUUAAUGUCAUAUGUGCGAUAUUUUUCUGCUUAUGAUUUUAUUUUACUCAAUUAACUAUUUGGAAUAAA